AUGGCAUUCAACGCACUUUUACUUCUUGGCCUCUUCUUCAAUCUUGCUAGUACAUUACCAUCGGUUACAUUUGCAACAUCUGCUGCACCCACUUUGGAUGAUGCUUCACUGAGACGAAGCAAUUUUCCGAAAGGCUUCAUUUUUGGGACAGCAUCUUUGGCAUACCAGCACGAAGGUGCCUCAAAAGAAGGUGGUAGAGGACUAAGUAUAUGGGACUCCUUUAGCCAUAAAUAUCCAGAGAAAAUAAAGGAUAGGAGCACAGGAGAUCUCUCGAUUGACCAGUAUCACCGCUACAAGGAAGAUGUUGGACUCAUGAAGUCUAUGAAUUUGGAUGCUUACAGAUUUUCCAUCUCUUGGUCCAGAAUCCUCCCAAAAGGAAAGCUCAGUGGAGGUAUCAAUCAAGAAGGAAUAAAGUACUAUAACAAUCUCAUCAACGAGCUACUAGCUAAUGGUAUACAACCAUUUAUAACACUUUUUCAUUGGGAUCUGCCCCAAGCUUUGGAAGAUGAGUAUGGUGGUUUCUUAAGUCCUCACAUUGUAAAUGAUUUUCGAGACUAUGCGGACCUUUGUUUUAAGGAAUUUGGAGAUCGAGUGAAGCAUUGGAUUACUUUGAAUGAGCCAUGGUCUUACAUCAAUGGUGGUUACACAAUUGGGACAUUUGCACCAGGAAGAUGUUCUAAAUGGGUGAAUCCAAAUUGCCUUGGCGGUGAUACAGGGACAGAGCCAUAUUUGGUAUCACAUUACCAACUUCUUGCUCAUGCAAAAACUGUUCAAGUGUACAAGAAAAAAUAUCAGGAAUCUCAAAAGGGUGUGAUAGGCAUAACCCUGCUUGCUCACUGGUUCGUGCCAUAUUCACAUAACAAAUUAGAUCAAGAUGCUGCUGAACGAGCAAUGGAGUUCAUGUUUGGAUGGUAUAUGGAACCACUAACAGCAGGAAGAUAUCCUAAAAUCAUGAAAUCCCUAGUUGGAAAACGACUACCAAAAAUAACUAAGGAGCAAGCAAGGCUACUUAAUGGUUCAUUUGAUUUUCUUGGACUGAACUAUUACACCACUUAUUAUGCUGCCGAUGCACCUGAACUAAGAAACAAUGAAAGACUCUCUUACCAAACAGAUUCUCUUGCCAAUCUUACAACUCAGAGCAAUGGGGUUCCCAUAGGUCCAAGGUCUGCUUCAGAUUGGUUAUAUAUUUAUCCAAGAGGAAUUCAUGAAUUGUUACUCUACAUCAAGAAAAAGUACAACAAUCCUUUGAUUUACAUCACUGAAAAUGGCAUGGAUGAGUUCAAUGAUCCAACAUUAUCCUUAGAGGAAGCACUUAUGGAUACUUAUCGAAUUGACUUUUUUUAUCGCCAUCUCUUUUACAUCCAAUCUGCAAUCAAGGGUGGCGUAAAUGUAAAAGGAUACUUUGCAUGGUCAUUGUUGGAUAAUUUUGAAUGGGCUUCAGGUUAUUCGUUGCGGUUUGGAAUACAUUAUGUAGAUUACAAGAAUGGUUUGAAAAGACACCAAAAGUUAUCUGCAAAAUGGUUUCAAAGUUUGCUGGAGAGACGUUGAGCUUUUAUUUAUAUACAUACUUAUUGGUUCUAAUAAAGAUUUUACAUCAUGGUUUUAGCUGGUUGUUUCAACUUAUUUAUU